CAAAGAUCGGGGACAUUUUUAACAUAAAAAUAAAACAGAGAAAAGAGAGAGAAAGAAAGAGAGAGAAACAGAGCGCGAAACGGAGAAUAGAAGACAUCAAAUUCUCUGCGAUUUAGGGUUUCAAUUUCUAUUUGGAUCUACAUUCUUCAAUUCUUCUUCCUUGUUCUUCAUUUAUCUUAUUAUCCGAGAUUGCUGAGAUUGAACUAUGAGCAUUGAUAGCCCCGGAAUAGGGGACAUUUAGGGUUUCUGGAUUACACUUAAGCGGAAAGCUUGGGACUUCCAUGGGUGAUGGAGGUGUUGCAUGCGUGCCUUUGCAGCCAAUCAUGGACAAAUUUCCUGGUUCAGAGUCAUUUUGCGGUGGCGGGGGCGGCAGUAGCAACAACAAUGGCAAUGUAAAAUUGGACAACAAACCUGUUAAAAAAACUGCAACGAAGAGACUGAAACUCAGAAGAGAUGCAUUUUUCAAAAAGGAAGAGCCCACACCAGUUGUUGUUUCAGAAAAGGUUAAGAGCAGCGAUGAACUUGUAGUAGUAGAAAAUGCCAAAGAUGAGGUUGAAGAAGGUGAAUUGGGAACUCUUAAAUCUCCCAUUAAAAAAGAGGCUGAUAAUGGUGAAUUGAUGUCUAUUAAAGAAAAAGGUGAGAUUGUUACUGGUUCUGACAGGUGGGUGAAAGAAAAUGGAUUAGAUAGAGGUAGUAGAGAAUGGCGAAAAUAUGAACCAGAGAGACUAGAUUUUAGCUCUGGGAGGUUUCGUAGUGGUGGCAUUGCUUUCAAAAGGGACGGAGAUCGAACGCCUGACAAGUUUAGGAAGGGAGAAUAUGAUAAAGCUGAAUUUGGUUCAUGGAGAGCCUCAAAAGGCGAUGUUGAGAAAGGUGAAUUUAUUCCAGAUAGGUGGCAUAAAGAAGAUUACAUCAGGGAAGAGUAUGGUUACUGUAGAGAUCAUCGAUAUGGUUCAAAUAGAGACAGAGAACGAAGGUAUGAACGUGACUUUACACCGUCUUCUCAUAAGUAUUCAGCUGAGGAUGUCUCCCCAGUUAGGGACUUCAAUAGAAGUGGGAAUCAUCGUCAUUUGAAGAGGCCUGCAAGGUGGGAAGUCAAUCAAGAACGAAGCUACUCGAAAUUGAGCUCAAAAAUCUUGAAUGACGUACCUGAUAAGGAUGAUUAUGGUCAUGGCAGGAGCCAACCAAGAGAAUACUCUACGAAUGCUCGAUUGAAGCGACAUGGCACUUAUUCAGAAAAUAGUGGCAGGUAUCAUGAUGAUUAUGGGGAUUACAUUAGCUCAAAAAGCAGAAAGCUUUCAAGUUCAGAGCGUUACUCACGUCAGUCUACUGAUACCAAGUCAUGUAGAAAUCCAAAUUCAUCAAGGGCUGUUGCUGAUAGGUUGUCAAUGCGACAAUUUGAUAGUACAUCCACAAGAGGAGGUUAUGACAGACAGAGGCGUAGUCCUAGUUACUCUGACAGGUCUCCUCCAUGCGAGAGAGCCGUGCAUCAUGAUCAUAGGGACCGAACUCCUGCACGACAUGAGAGGUCCCCAUGUUUUCGUGGUCAUCGCAAUGAUAAAAGAAAUCGAAGUCCUAGCUAUGUGGAGAAGUCUACCAAUGACCGUGUUAAGAUACAUGAUUAUAAGGAAAGGUCUCCAAGUUACCCAGGAUCCCCACAUGAUCACAGUAGACUAUGUAAUCACCGUCAAUCGAGUAGGAGUGAAGUUAGUGAGACUAAGCAGAAUGAUAGGGUACAUGAGGAACAGCCUACCGUUAACAUCCUUAAUGAUAAGGAUUUAACAGUUUCGGUCAAAGACCAAUUGAAUGUAAGUGGUACGCAGAAUGACAUGGUUGUCAGAAGUAUUUCUGACGAAACUCAUGUGAAAGAUGAGGGUCAAGGUGUUUGCUUGGAUGACAAGGAACAACCUUCACAGGUUAAUGCCGUUGAUGAAGAAAUUCCAUCGAUGGAAGAAGACAUGGAUAUAAGUGACACACCGCCCCAUGUUCCCUGCAUGACUAGUAUAAACCCCGGGAAGUGGUACUACCUUGAUCACCUUGGAGAAGAGCGUGGUCCUUCUAAAUUAUGUGAUUUGAAAUCACUUGUAGUUGAAGGAAUACUUAUGUCUGAUCACCUUGUCAAGCAUUCUGAUGGUGACAGGUGGAUGACAGUUGAAAAUGCAGCAUCACCAGCUGCCACUACCAACUUUUCGAUGGUUUUUUCAGACACCGUUACGCAGCUGGUGAACCCACCUGAGGCUCCUGGAAAUGUACUGGAAGAUGUUGGAGAUACGGAGCAUUCUGUUGAAAAAGUUGAUAUGGAGAUCAUGGAUUCUUCUGCCCAAGGUGUGACUGCUAAUGAGUUUGGCAUUGAUGAAAGAGUUGGUGUUCUUUUAGACGGCGUUACAAUUUUACCUGGAAGGGAACUCCAGAUAGUUGGAGAAGUUUUGAAGGUGACAUUUGAUCAGUCUGAAUGGGAGAGAUUUGGUAUCUCAGAAGGUUUUAUGCUGGAUCAUUCAUGCUGUCGAGAGCCUCUUGAGCAGAGUCAAGAGGAGGGCAUGUCAAGAGUUCCAGAGGCUACAAUAAAGGACGCUGUUGAAUCCACCUCUACUGCUAGCCUUGACAAAGAAUGUUCUUGUCUUUUAAGUGAAUUUACUGAAUGGUUUUCUUGUCGAUGGUCCUGCAAAGGCGGGGACUGGCGAAGAAAUGAAGAAGCUGUGCUAGAUAAAUUCUACAGGAAAAAAAUAGUUCUUAAUGAUGGGUAUCCUCUUUGUCAGAUGGUAAAGUCUGGUUAUGAGGAUCCACGUUGGCAGAGAAAAGAUGACUUGUACUACCCUUCUCAAAGCAAGAAGCUUGAUCUUCCACUUUGGGCAUUUUCCUGGGUUGAUGAGAGGAACGAUUCAAGCAUUGCCAAUAAGUUGGGUCAAACAAAAUCUAUCACUGUGAGAGGGGUCAAAGGAAGUAUGAUGCCAGUGAUUAGAAUCAAUGCUUGUGUUGUUACAGAUAAUGGUUCGUCUACCCACGACUCUCGGUUGAAAUCAAGAGGGAAAGAUAAAUAUUCUUUAAAGGCGGCAAAGCAUUACUCUCUGUCCAAUGACAUGAAAAGUUCAUCAUCAGAAGAUUGUUAUCUUUCUAAAAGCUUGAAGGAGCAAAACGCUGGAGAAACUUGGAAAUAUAGUAUUAUCAAUAAACCCAAAGACCGGCUUUGCACUGCAAAUGAUUUACAGUUGCACUUAGGUGACUGGUUUUACCUUGAUGGCAUGGGGCAUGAACAUGGGCCGUUUUCAUGCUACGCACUGCCCAAAUUAAUGGAAGAAGGUCAUUUGAAGAAGCAAAGCAGUGUGUUCCGCAAAAUUGACAAAAUCUGGGUUCCGGUUACAGCUGUUAUUAAUGCUGCUGUGAAUAGUAGUAAACACAUUGCAGAUACUGUUCCUGGUGAAUCGUUUGAAGCACCUGUUAUGCAUGAUGACACAAGUUCAAUUUCUAGUUCAUUCCAUAGCUUGCAUCCCCAUUUUAUUGGCUAUACUUUAGGAAAGCUCCAUGAACUAGUUAUGAAAUCCUAUAAGAGUCGUGAGUUUGCUGCUGCCAUAAAUGAGCUCUUAGACCCAUGGAUGAUUUCUAGACAACCAAGGAAGGAAUUGGAGAAGCAUAGAAGUUCUAUCAAUCUUCUCAAGUCUCCCAUGGGGAAUGAAGCAUCCAUGUUUCUUGAGGAAGACACACAUGUCAAAAAAAGAUGUUGCACUGUGUCUGAUGGAGCUGAAGAAGAUUUUGAAGUUGCCGAAGGCUUACCACUGCUUUAUCACAGGGAUUCCUCAUUUGAGGACUUAUGUGGCAGUGCUACGUUUUGCAAACAAGAGAGUGAUUGUUCCAAAACUGAGGUCGGGAGUUGGGGUCUACUGGAUGGUCAUAUUUUGGCCCGCAUCUUCCAUUUUCUCAGAACCGAUGUCAAAUCCUUAGUGUUUGCUUCUUCAACCUGCAAACAUUGGAGAUCUGCUGUGGUUUUCUACAAAAGUUUGAGUGUACGGAUUGAUUUGUCAACUAUGGGCUCUAAGUGUACUGACUCUGUUAUUCGUAGUGUCAUGAGUGGUUACAAUAAGCAAAUGAUCAAGGUGUUGGUUUUAGAUGGUUGUACCAAUGUUACUUGUGCUGUUCUUGAAGAUAUUCUUCAGUCCUUUAGUGUUAUAUCCUCUGUUGACAUUAGAGGCUGUAGUCAACUUGAGGAGUUAAUGAUCAAAUUUCCACUUGUUAAUUGGGUCAAAGGGCGGAGUUCUAAAAGGACUAUAAUUGUUGAGGAGUCAAACUGGAAGAUGCGGAGUUGGAAGCAGAUGUCUGAGCAAUCUUCAUCAGUUUCCAAGUCUGUUCAUGGGAGUUAUAUGGAUGAGUCUAGUGGGCUCAAAGAUUAUUUUGAUAUGGUGGAGAAAAGAGGUGCAGCUAAUCAAGCAUUCAGGCAGAAUCUAUACAAGCGUACAAAACUAUCUGAUACUCGAAAGUCUGCUUCAGUCCUAGCUCGUGAUGCUCGCAUGAGGCAUUUGGCAAUGAAGAAGGCUGGAAAUGGAUACAGAAGGAUGGAGGAAUUUUUGGGGCUUCGCUUGAAGGAUAUUAUGAAGGGGAACACAUCAGACUUUUUUGUGCGCAAGGUUGCAGAAAUUCAGAACAGAAUCAAGAGUGGUUAUUAUGCUCGCCGUGGCUUGAGCGUUGCUAAACAAGAUAUCAUUAAAAUGUGCAGGGAGGCCAUAAAAAUGAAAAAUCGAGGUGAUGGAGGUGAUAUGGAGCAGGUCAUUCCACAGUUUAUUAAACUCGGAACACGUCUUGAUGAGAGUUUUAAAACUGUUAUUGAUGGAGAUGAUAUGAUGAAAAAACAAAGAGAUGAAACCAGUGUGUCAUCUGGGUACAGGAAAUCUAAAUCACACAUGGAGAGGAAAUACACGAGCCGGGCAAAUGGUUCAUCUUUUAUCAAUGGGGACUUUGAUUAUGUGGAAUACUCAUCUGAUCGGGAGAUGAAAAAGAACCUGUCAAGAAUGAAUAUGAAAAUACACUUGGAAGGUGAAUCAUCUGAUGAGUUUGAGUUAUCGUCAGAGGAUAGUGAAAGUGAUAUUGGAAGUGUCUCAGACACUGAUAGCGAUUCAGAUGUCCGAUCUGGGGUUACUUUUGAGGAAAAAGAGGCUUACUUCACUGCCGAUGAGACUUUUGAUAUGACCCCAGAGGACCGUGAGUGGGGUGCUCGUAUGACGAAGGUCAGCCUUGUGCCUCCUGUGACACGGAAAUAUGAAGUUAUUGAUGAAUAUGUUAUUGUAGCUGAUGAGGUUGAAGUGCAUCGGAAGAUGAAGGUUUCGUUGCCUGAAGAUUACGAGGAUAAAGUCAAAGCUCAGAAGAAUGGAACUGAGGAGGUGGAUAUGGAGAUUCCUGAAGUCAAAGAAUUUAAACCAAGGAAACAACUUGGACAGGAGGUCAUAGAACAAGAGGUUUAUGGCAUUGAUCCUUACACACACAAUCUUCUUCUUGACUCGAUGCUUGAGGAUGUUGAUUGGCCUCUUACAGAAAAACAUAUUUUUAUUGAAGAUGUGAUCCUUAGGAUACUGAAUAAACAAGUUAGGCAGUAUACUGGUGGUGGAGACACACCCAUGACAUACUCAUUAAAACCUGUCAUAGAGGAAAUUCUAGGAUCAGCUAAGCAAGAUAAUAAUACUAGAACGUUGAAGUUGUGUGAGGCUAUUCUCCAAGCCAUCAAUGGCCGCCCUGAGGAUAAUUAUGUUGCUUAUAGAAAGGGGCUUGGUGUUGUAUGUGACAAACAAGGUGGUUUCCCUGUGGAUGAUUUUGUCGUUGAAUUUCUGGGAGAGGUUUACCCUGCUUGGAAAUGGUUUGAGAAGCAAGAUGGAAUCCGUUCUUUGCAGAAGGAUAGUAAAGAACCUGCCCCUGAGUUUUACAACAUAUAUCUUGAGAGGCCAAAGGGUGAUGCUGAUGGCUACGAUUUAGUUGUCGUUGAUGCAAUGCAUAAAGCAAAUUAUGCAAGUCGAAUUUGCCAUUCUUGUCGACCUAAUUGUGAAGCAAAAGUUACUGCUGUAAGCGGCCAGUAUCAGAUCGGUAUCUAUUCUGUUCGUCCAAUUGAAUUUGGGGAAGAAAUCACUUUUGACUAUAAUUCGGUGACUGAGAGCAAGGAGGAGUAUGAAGCCUCUGUUUGUUUGUGUGGUAGUCAAGUUUGUCGUGGAAGCUAUUUGAAUCUAACAGGUGAAGGAGCUUUCCAAAAGGUUCUAAAGGAAUGGCACGGAUUGUUGGAUAAGCAUCGCUUGCUUCUGGAGGCAUGUGAAUUGAACUGGGUGUCUGAAGAGGAUUAUAUCGAUUUAGGAAGGGCUGGCUUAGGUCAAUGCUUGUUGGGUGGUUUGCCUGACUGGCUUAUUGCUUAUUCAGCUCGCUUGGUACGAUUCAUAAAUUUUGAGAGAACAAAGCUGCCUGAAGAGAUAUUGAGGCAUAAUUUGGAAGAGAAGAAAAAAUAUUCUGCAGAAAUAUCUCUUGAGAUGGAGAAAACUGAUGCUGAAGUACAGGCUGAAGGAGUCUACAAUCAAAGACUUCAAAAUUUGGCUCUUACACUGGAUAAGGUUAGGUAUGUCUUAAGAUGUGUAUUUGGAAAUCCAAAGGAAGCUCCUCCACCACUGCAGAAGCUUAGUCCUGAGGAGAUGGUGUCUGUUUUGUGGAAUGGUGAAGGUUCAUUGGUUCAUCAACUUCUUGAAUGCAUAGCCCCACAUAUUGAUGAUCAUAUGCUACAAGAUCUUAAAUUAAAAAUCCGUGCUCAGGACCCAUCUCAUUCUGGAAAUUUUGAGAAAGACCUCAGAAAAUCUCUAUUAUGGUUGAGGGAUGAGGUUCGCAAUCUUCCUUGUACAUACAAGAGCAGACAUGAUGCUGCUGCUGACAUGAUCCACUUAUAUGCUUACACAAAAUGUUUUUUUAAAAUUAGGGAAUACAAGUCUGUGACUUCACCUCCUGUCUACAUUAGCCCUCUUGAUCUUGGACCCAAGUGUGCUGAUAAACUCUCAGGAGUGACAGAGUAUUGUAAAACUUAUGGUGAAAACUACUGUUUAGGACAGCUGAUUUAUUGGCACAACCAAGCUAACACUGACCCAGAUCGUGUGCUUGUUCGAGCAAGCAGGGGCUGCUUGUCUUUGCCUGAUAUGAGUUCCUUUUAUGCCAAGGUUCAAAAGCUAUCAAAGCAGCGUGUGUAUGGUCCAAGGACCGUAAGAUUUAUGCUUGCGCGAAUGGAAAAGCUGCCUCAAAGGCCUUGGCCGAAAGAUAGGAUAUGGUCGUUCGAGGGUUCUCCCAAAUUUUUUGGUAGUCCUAUGUUAGAUGCUGUAUUGAAUAAUUCUUCCCUUGAACGGGAAAUGGUGAUUUGGUUGAAGAAUCGACCUGCCAUAUUCCAGGCCAUGUGGGAUCGGUGAACUUCGGACCAGCCAGACAGAUAAUUUUUAACUCUUGUUCUAAUUAUCAGUUGGGAGCCUGUCUCCCGUAGCUGAGCCAUUGUUGCUGCCUGCCUUGGCACCGUCCAUUCUUGUGUAAAUUCUUUUUCCUCCAUUCCAUUUGUGCAAUAUGUAUCACAGUAGGGCUUAGAAAAUGUCUUACCCCCAUUCCUUUUUUGUGCGUAGCUUUAGUUGAUUUUAAACGCAUAAUUGCAGUCAAUAGAAAGAGAAAUUAAUUGGAAAAUAUAUGAUAAAGCAGCUGUAGUUUAGUUUAUGAUUUUUUGUUUUUCUUCCAGAUUUAGUAAAGAACAAAUAUUGUAUUUAUCAGCUUCAGUUUAUAAGUGACCUCAACCAAAUUAAUUCAA